CCCUCUCACCCUCUCACUCUUUUUUCUUUCUUUCGCACUCUUACCCCAACUCUUGUUCUCGUAAUGAACACCCACCGCUCGCCGCCAACAUCAACGUCCAUAUCACCCACGCCACCAUCCACAUCCUCGGCUUCAGGCUCACCUCAAACACACAGAGACCCACACCCAUCACAGUCCCUGCCUUCCUGGCGCCAAGUACAGCAACAGCAGCAUCCACCACGGCACCAACAACCCUUUGUAGAACCAUCACCACCACCGCAAGCAUCUCCACCAUCAGCACCACGACAAUCGCAAUACCCAUAUCAGUUCGAUAUUAAGCAUUGCCGGCGAUUCCUCAAAGUGGCCCAGAUGCAACAGAAACAACGUCGACAAGAGCAGGCGCGUAGACAGCAAGAUUUACGGCAUGCUGAAGCGGCGGCUCCCUCCCUCCACCAAGAGUCCGAGGAGUUGCGUCGAGGGUUGCAAGAGCAGACACGAAGGAUUGAGGAGAGCACGCGAUGGCUUCAGGAGCGGUUAUAGUGGAGCGGACGCUGAGAAAAUGAGAGACAAUUCAGGUACACGAGUGCAUGCUUUGCAACUGUUCCAAAUUGGUGGCGUCCAAAGUGAAGUAGAGAUCCUUUCUUGGCUGGCACCCGCACAAGUCGACUGCUUAUAUGGAUGUAUCUUCCAUAGCUGCCCGAAAACAGUAAAGAAGCGCUAUUCCGCAUGGGUAUGGGUGGACAAAAUGAGAAUAUAAUUUCAGAUCACCAUAUGCAAUAUACUACGCUCUCUUCUAU